UUAACAAUGUUAAAAAUAUUUAACAAAGUUAAACUAAGUUAAACAGUGGAAGGUUAGAGAUUAGUCAAGUAAAUUAAUAAUUUGUGUAAACUACAAGUAAGCUAUAGGUAUAGUUAUACAACAGUUAAUUCUCCUAUUGAACUAUCUUGGAGGUUGUGAUGGUCUCACACUACUGGAGAUUCAAAACUCAUUUCACCUGAAAGGAACAGAAAGACUCAAGACUGUGGAAAGGACUAAUUAAUUAACAUCAUACUAAAAUAUUUGACCUCAGUCGACCAUCAUGUUAUUUGAGAGAGAAAUGCAAUAAAUGUGCAUGGAUGUGAUUGGGAGGGGUUUAAAGAAUAGACAUUGGGUGACAAUGAAGGGUUAACAUUCCUAGACCAUUCCUAGUCCUAAGGUCCAUCCCACAUGAUAAACAGUGGUGAAGCUCCACAGCCGAGGGCCAGAGAUGACCUAAUCCAGCAGAGCAGACCCACAGUCCACUUAUACUGACACCGCUGGAGUAUGACCGCAGAGAAGACUGUGCCUAACAGAUCUCCAGAUGAUUGACAAAGACUCAUCUUCAAUCAACUUUGAAUGUCAACCAUCAGCAAUGGAAGAUUAUUAUCUGUGAUGGACAAAGACCAUUCAGUGGUCAUCUUUCACUUUCCAGAGAAUGUUAUUUAUCUACAUAUGGAAUCAUAAUUGCAUCUAGGUCCUCCAGAAAUGAACUGAUCACUGCUGGACACUACAUCAAGACUGAACAACGAUGGCUUUACAUUUAUCUUCUCUGCUUUAUGAUGAGACGACUGUGAUCUGAGGAGAGCUUUAGAAAGUGGAGCUCUUUCGUGAUCUGAAAUUCUGGAAAAGGUCAAAGGUCUUGGGUUAAGCAUGGUGUCAGUGGAGGUCUCUGUGGCUUUGGUGUUGUGCAGUGUGCUGAUGAAAGCCAGGGCUCUGAUUGAUUCUGAUGAUGUCAUCACCAGGGAUGAACAGAUUUUUCUUCUGAUUGGUGCACGGGCGAAGUGUGAGAAAAGCAUUCAUGCUCAACUAGAUGUAGUUGAAGAGGGUUACUGUGUUCCUGAGUGGGAUGGGAUCAUUUGCUGGCCUGCAGGAAAACCCAACCAGCUGGUUACAGUCCUGUGUCCUGAGUACAUCUACGAUUUCAACCACAGAGGACAUGCAUAUCGCCAGUGUGAGGCUUCAGGCAAAUGGGAGCAGGUGCAUGCUCUGAACCGGACGUGGGCCAACUACACUGAAUGCACUACUUACCUACAUACAAACCACAGUGAUCAGGAGGUGGUCUUCGAGCGUCUUUACCUGAUGUACACUAUUGGAUAUUCAAUAUCACUGGCAGCAUUACUGGUGGCUGUCUUUACCCUCUGCUAUUUCAAGCGUCUUCACUGCACUCGUAACUACAUCCACAUCCACCUCUUCACCUCAUUCAUAUGCCGAGCAGUCAGUAUAUUUGUGAAAGAUGCUGUUCUGUAUCGUGUAACAGAUGAUAGCAAACUUGAGGAUGGGGCAGUAGGACAACAAUCUUUUAUGGUGGGUUGCAAGGUUGCUGUGACGCUCUUCCUGUAUCUCUUGGCAACCAAUCAUUAUUGGAUCCUGGUGGAGGGUCUUUACCUGCACAGCCUAAUCUUCAUGGCCUUCCUGUCUGAUAAGAACUGUCUGUGGGCUUUAACAAUCAUCGGCUGGGGGAUACCCGCUGUGUUUGUAUCCAUAUGGGUCAGUGCUCGGGCGUCUCUGGCAGACACACAGUGCUGGGAUAUAAGUGCAGGCAACCUGAAGUGGAUCUAUCAAGUACCAAUCUUGGCAGCCAUUGUUGUAAACUUCUUCCUCUUCCUCAAUAUCAUCAGGGUUUUGGCAUCUAAGUUGUGGGAAACAAACACAGGAAAACUGGACCCUAGACAGCAAUACAGAAAGCUCCUGAAAUCAACCCUGGUGCUGAUGCCGCUGUUUGGAGUUCAUUAUAUGUUGUUCAUGGCUCUUCCAUACACUGACGUCACAGGUCUGCUAUGGCAGAUUCAGAUGCAUUAUGAGAUGCUGUUCAACUCUUCACAGGGUUUCUUUGUGGCCUUUAUUUACUGCUUCUGCAAUGGGGAGGUACAGGCUGAGGUUAAGAAGGCUUGGCUUAGGCGAAGUCUGGCAUUAGAUCUGAAGCAGAAGGCUCGUGUCACCAGUAGCGCCUGUGGUGGAAGCGGCUACUACGGAGGCAUGAUGUCCCACACCACCACGCAAAGUGUUUGCCUUAGUGUCAGUGGUACUAAAGGGACACCUUUGGGGAGCACGGGUCUGGGUUGCAAAGGACUAAAGUGCCCCCCUUCAGGAAAUGCACCCGGCUAUGUGUUCAGUGACACAGAUGCUGGGUUUCUUCCAGUGCAGCAACAUGAGCUGGUACUGAGGCAGGCUGAUGGAAAAGUGAUGUGCGGGAAUGGAAAGGAAAGUGACAAUGAUCUUGAGCCAUAUUUUGUAGCAGAUGAGGAAUAUUCGGGGUCUGUGUCUUGGAAAGAGUUGGAAACAAUGCUUUGACUCUUGGACUAUUCAUCCGAUGUAAAUAAAAAUACUGACUGGAUCAUAUUGUUGGAAAGGCAGGCAUUACAAUCACUAUUGCAUAGCAUACAUGUAGUAACUCCCUGGCAACCGCACAUCGUCAUGACUGACACUUUUGCAUGGGCAGGCACCACUAAUAUUAGUCACUAUUCAUAAUAGCUUUGAAAAACAAAGCUUUUAAAGACAGGGAUGUAAUUUGUUUCCAAUCAUAAGUAAUAAAUCUCAAACUAUUCCUGUAAUCUGUCAGCUCUUUCUCUAUCUGUUUAUCAUCUUUCAGAUAUAUGGCCCAAUUAUUUUACAUACACUGUGUUGUGGUUAACCUGUAGAUACAGGCAUACAAUUAAAUGGUGCAGAGUUUCUUUAGCUCAUUCAAUCAGAACAUUGUGAUUUCCACAAACUUCUGAUGUCAUUUGUUUUUACCUGAUGUUUGUCAGUAACUGUGUCUAGACUAGCCCUGCAAUUUUUAAGUUAAUGUGCAAAAUAACAAACUUACAGUAUAAGCUACUAGCCAGCAAGCAAUAGCUAAUUUCACCGUCUAUAGACCCGAUAUAGUUCGGCAACGAGUAACCCAAAAUAUGACCCAAAAAUUUCGUUUUAGCCAAAAUAACUUGGGAUGUGUAUGGUUUCCAUCAUGUAAGCAAAGUCAACAAUGAGGUGUUUGGUUUCAUUUAUUUAUUUAUUUAAUUUCAUUUCUUUUUGGGCUAUAGUUGGACUCCUUUCAGCCAACGGUAGAUGUCUGUGCUGUGUUUGGGUGGCUAUUAAAUGUCUUUUAAACCCAAAAUUGCUUGCUGGGUACCUGUUAUCACCUGGUCCUGAUAAAUCUGUUAUAGGAAUAGUUUAAUCAAAAAUGUGAUUUUUCUACACAAAGCUAUCUGACAUAAUAAGAUCUUAAAUAUAGUGCUCAAGUCAUGGAUUGUAAAUGGUGUAUAUUUCUAUUAUGAUGCUUCUUUAAAAGUUGCCAUUGUUUAAAGAUUCUUUUUUUGCUUUCUAUAGAAAAGCAUCACCAUGCAGGUUUAGGAAAGCAAAAGUGAAAAUGUAAAAUGUCUUAACUAUAAUCCUUACUAUUUUUAGGAUUAGCUGAUGAAUAAUAAAUGGUGCAUUUUUUUGUACAAAUUGUACAAAUAUAUUGUACAAAUUCGUCAGUAUAAGACACCUCUCUUUUUGCUGGUUUCAACCAUGAUUCACUGCUCUAAACCUUUAGGGGCGCUUUUCCAGAGAGGGUUUAAGUGAAGUCCCAAACUAAAAUGCAUGUUUGAGCUGUCUGAACUCAAAACAGCAUGCAUUGACAAUAUCUUAAAGGUGCAGUGUGUAAACUUGAGCAGCAUCUAGUGGUGAGGUUGCGAAUUGCAACCAACGGCUCAGUCCACUGCACACCCCUCGCUUUUGAAACGCUUUUGAGAAGCUAUGGUAGCCGCUACCAGAAAAACAUGUCAUCAACGGAGACAAUUUAGUGAAAAAAGUUUGUCCAUUAAGAGCUUCUGUAGAAACAUGGCGGCACAAAAUGGUGACUUCCACGUAAGGGGACCCUCUGUAUAUGUAGAUAAAAACGUCUCAUUCUAAGGUAAUAAAAACAUAAAGGUUCAUUAUAAAAAGGUCUUUACACACCCCUGAUAAUAUAGUUUUGUAUAUUAUUUUGCAUUUCUUUCAAGAGAUCCUUUUAAAAAUCACACACUGCACCUUUAAACUAUAGCAUUGUUUUGCAUUCAAGAUGCACACCAGUAAUGUUUUUGUCAGGUAUGUUUGUAAAAACGACUUAAAUUUCCUAAUACAACUAAGGCCUUGUCCUGGAUUAAUUAAGAAAACCACCAUUUAUCAUUUAUCUGACUGAAAAAACUGCAUUGAUAUAUGUACUGUAUGCCAGUUUGUACUGUGCUUUCUUUACUGUAAAUGUGCAUUGAAUAAAACUUGUAAUUGGUUUAUGUAUUAUUUACUUAUUAAAUGGC